CACUGAUGAAACUGCGACAAAAGGGUUAUGUCAGCUCCGAGUUUGACGAGAUGAAGAUGGAUCUAAGCAAGCAGAAGGCUUCUCCGAAACCGCGAUUUGUGGACAUGUUCACGGACAAAGUUCUUCGCUGGGCGCUGAUUAUCGCAGCAAUGAUGAUGCUAUCGCAGCAGCUGUCUGGCAUAAAUGCGGUCAUGUUUUACUCGACGAGAAUAUUCCGGGACGCCGCGCAGUUGCAAGAAUCUGAAGCGCAGCUAGCUACAUUGGGACUUGGUGCCACCAACAUUCUGAUGACCCUUAUAUCGACGGUUAUUAUCGAUCGAGCCGGCAGAAGAUCAUUGCAUUUGACUGGUUUGGGUGGAAUGUGUGUGUCUGCCACAAUGCUGACCCUCUUCAUGACGCUAACGGUUCGUUCCAUGGCGUUGGCUUUUGAUUACAGUCAUAAUGAAAUUGUCUAUUCAUACGCAUGGGCUUCCUACAUGAGCAUCUUGUUCCUAUUUGGAUUCGUCAUCUCAUUCGCCGUCGGACCUGGCUCCAUACCAUGGUUUUUCGUCAGUGAACUUUUCAAUGAAAACGCGAGGGGCCAUGCAACAUCAAUCGCUGUUCCAAUCAACUGGUUUGCGGCGUUCAUCGUUUGCUUAACUUUCCCGCAGUUACAGACGAUGAUCAAGCAGUACACGUUCCUGAUAUUCGCUGUUCUGUUGAGCCUAUUCUGGCUGUUUACGUACAAAUUUGUACCGGAAACGAAGAACCGACCGGUGGACGACGUGGUGAAGGAGUUACGCGAGUUCGUCAAAAGACAUUAAGU